AGUCCUUGAUAAUAUUAAUCUAAAAUGAGAUAACCUACGACAGUAGAAGGCUUAAAAGGUAAACAAGAGAUCCAAAGCUAGACUUUCUUAAAACUACAUGAUGUCAAACUUCUAGUCUCUAAUAGUAAGUUUAUUUGGAAGAUAUUUAAAGCAGGGGAAGAAAAAGGCUAAUUCAUCUGACUGAAAAAUGGAAUAGUUUAAUUUAAAUUGACUGUGAAUUCUAAACAUAUGUCUUAAACAUUUAUGAAGUUCUCUUAAUCUAAAUUGAAAGAAAGAAAAUGUGUAACUGAAGUCACUUUCAGACAUUUUCAGCAUUUAAAGACUAGUCAUCAGUUUAAAAAAAACUAUUCAAGAAUCUCAAACAUGCUAGUUUAACAGUAUUCAUACAUUGUGCAGAAUUUAAUAGUUAUAAACAAUGGAUAAAUCACCUCCAAUCACUAACCCUAUUAUUCCUUCUUCGGAAGCAAAACCAUCAUGGACAAAAUCAAAAACAGGCGAAAGUCAAAUUCAAUAUGGCUCAAUACAAGAUGACGUACCUCUUAUAGGUUAUGAAUCGACAAACCGGUGCUCAAGAUGUUUACGAUUUUUGACAACUUUAACAAUUGAACCAGCGAUGUUCCUGUUCAUGUUCGGAUUUAUGAUCAACAUGUCAUGCCUUUCAAAUUUAAUCAUGGAUAAAGCCUGCUUGUAUUACUACAAUUACACAGAAGAACUAUGCAACAACAUUAGUUUCUAUCCUAUUGAGAAAACAAAUUUAGAAAAAUUGUCCAACAACUAUAUGCUUUAUUCCCAAGUAUUAAGUCUAAUUGCUGCUCUUGUUAUGAUAUUUAUAGCACCUUGGAGUGAUAGAUAUGGACGAAAAAUACCUUUGAUUGCUGCUUGCAUUGGAACCAUUUUAUCAGAUGUUGGAACUCUUCUUUGGGUGAUUUACUUUGAAUCAGAUAUUGCUUAUUGCAUUCUUCUUAGGCUUCCAUCAGAGAUAACAGGUGGUUUUAUUUGCUUUUUGACCAUAGUAUACAGUCAUGUAGCGGAUGUGACGUCCGAGAAGAACCGAACGAUGAAGUAUACUACUGUUGAAAUCGCUAUGAUGCUGGCCUUGUCUGUGGGCGGACUUGCCGGUGGAGAAUUACUCGAAUAUUACGGUUACUUCUAUGUAUAUUUAACAGGUACUAUAUUUCACGUCUUAGCUGCAUUGUGGGUGGUGUUUGUGCUGGAGGAAACAGUUGGAGUUGGAGAAGUUGUCCCAUGGAAAGAUAAGAGAAGGAAUUUCUUCAGAAGCGAUAGCAUUUCAAGAAGUUGGCUAGCAAGUGUUAAGCCACGAGAAAACAAGGGCAGAGCCAAAAUAUGGAUGUAUUUUCUUUCAAUGUGCAUUGUUAUACUAACAUAUGAAGUAUUUGGAACCUUGGGAUUCACUUACGCACAUCAUAUCUAUAAUUGGAAUCCUUCUAAAUACAAUAUAGUAAAUACAUCAUUCAGUUUGACUCAAUUUCUUCUGAUGUUUUUCAUAGUUCCUUUAUUCUUAAAAGUUUUCAAGUUCUCAGAUCCAGUACUUGGAAUUUAUGGCACCAUAAGUAUGAUGACUAAGAAUUUUCUGCUUGCCUUCGCAAAAUACAAAGUUCUAGUGUAUUAUUUAGGAACUGCUGCUGGUAUUUUGAGUGGAUUUACGAAUUUAGCAAUUAGAACUGGUUUGUCAAAAAUUGUUGAUAAAGAGGAAAUAGGUUAGAAUUGCAUUUAGUUUGUUAUAAU